UGACCCCUUUAAGACAUUUAAGUGUUUUGCAUGUGAUCUGCACGUCGGGGAGACGUUUCGUGUUUGCAGGGUACUUUGUGCAACUUUAAUUUAUCUAGGCCUACUUUAAAUUAUAAGUAGUUUGGUUCAGGGCUGGGGUAUACAAACAUGUUUACACAAAGUGAAAAUGAAAGCUAGACUUAGUGAUUAUAAAUACAGUCUCAGAUGAGAGCUUCUCUCAUAUCACAUCAGCCUUCUUUUUAACACACAACACAUUUAAACACAUUAUACACACACUUUGUUUAUAAAAUCUCAAAGAUAUUUAAAUUUAAUAAAAAGUAAAGUAUAUUUGCUUAAUUUCUUUCAGAAAAGGUCACAGAUGGGAGGAUCAGAAUCAACACAAAAAGAAAGACAUUCACCAGUAGCCAGGCAGGAUGACCAGCCCGUGAGAGCGAGAUCAACAACUACAGAUUUACAACCAACACAAAAAGAAGAAUUUGAGAAACCGUGGAGGAGCACACCCUGGGGAGAGAAAGAAAGUCUUGAGAAAAACCUGAGGGAGUUUCCGCUGAGCCAUCCAAAUGUCAACUAUGUCAGAAUCUUACUAACUGGAGAUGUUGGAGCAGGAAAAUCCAGCUUCAUCAACUCAAUCAACAGUGCUUUCCAGAAGAGAAUUACGACGGAGGCCCUUGCUAAUUCUACAUCUAGUAAAUCUUUUACGAAGUCAUACAAAACCUAUUACAUUAAAAGUGGAGAAUCUAUUCUGCCGUUUGUCUUUAAUGACAUCAUGGGUCUGGAGUCUAUAGAAUUAGAAGGUGCACACCCAGAGGACAUUGUCAAAGCUCUCCAAGGAUUCCUGAAGGAAGGAUACAAAUUCAAUCCAGUAUCUUCUGUUUCUGUUGGAGAUGAUGGCUACAGAAGUGACCCAACUGCCCAGGAGCAAACAUACUGCCUAGUCUACAUUAUUGCAGCCGAUAAAGUUUCAAUGAUGUACCCGGAAGUCAUUCAAAAGAUGCAAUAUAUUAGGGCAAAGGCCAGUGAACUGGAUAUUCCUCAGAUAAUCAUCAUGACAAGAGUUGAUGAAUCAUGUGAACUGGUCAAAAAAGAUUUAAGGAAGAUCUACACUAGCAAAAAGAUCAAAGUGAAGAUGGAGGAAUGCUGUAAUCUUGUGGGUGUCUCUAUGAGCAACAUCUUCCCUGUAAAGAAUUACCAUGAGGAAAUUGAUCCAGACAAUGACACCGAUGUACUGCUUCUGAGGGCACUUACUCAGAUUGUACAAAUAGCAAAUGAUAAUUUAAGUAGAAAGUAUGAGAAUGUACUGAAUGAUGGGGCCACGAAUGAUGUCUAGCAAAGAAAAAUUAUUUAUAAGGGCAGUCUGUUAGCAUUUAUCUUGUAUCUUAAGCUAAUAUAAUUUUAAAUACAUAUUUUUCCUCAGUGGUUAGACUUGAGAAAAUAAUUAUUGUCAUGGAAUUGGGAAAGCUUACACUUAGCAUGGCUUGAUUUGGCAGAUUUAUGGGUGUAUAUAUGACUCCACCUUACAGAGUGUUAAAAAGUAACACUGAAGUAGAGUUAAAAGCUGCAAUCUUUGACUUUUGCCGCUCUAUCAUCAUCUCUGUUUAAAACAAAAAAUUACAACUUGCUUGCAGUUAUUUUCUUAACAUGAUGGCACGGUUUCCCAGGGAUUAGACUAGUCUAAGACUAAUAAUGAAAUGAAAAUAAAUGUAAGAGCUGUCCAAACUAAAAACAAU